ACUGAUCAACAUGCAAACUGUAUGGUUAAGCGAUUCACGUUUCAUUCAUCUUUGGAACAUAGAUGAAGAUUCCUGUAGUUAUGAAAAGUUUUAAUUGGCAGUGAUGGUAACAUGGAGUAAAAACCUUAAUCCUUCAUUACUAAUUGUAUUGUUUGAAACUAUCAGCAAAAAGAAGAGAAGAAGUAAUUGAGAAGGUGAGUUCUUCAGGCAACAAAGAGUACUUAAUGAACAUGAAGCUCUACAGCAUUGUUCUGAUUUUAAGCCUCACUGUUCUCAUCAUUGAAGCUCGAGAGAGCCAUCUGAAGAAAACCUUGAGCUGUUCCAAUGACUAUGAAUCACAAAUCGACUGCACCUGGUCUGAGCCUCGGGAGGGAAAUGCCUUUGUCAAGAUGCACCUUUUUCACAAGCUGGGUGAUUUAAACCUCAUAAAGAUGAUCUGCAAUAGCCAAAAAAUAGACUCUGAGAUACAUUGGCACUGUAGGAGGAAUGAUACCUAUUUCCAUGCUGCCCAGACCAAUAUGUUCAUUUUCAAACCUGAUGAGAAGUUGGAAAUCCAACUGAAUGUUGACCUCUUCAAGAACA